AUGUCCUCCCAGGGCCAGGUUCAAAGUCAAAAGCCCACACAGACGGAAAGCCAGGAUAAAGGAUGCUCCUGGGCAAAGCUGCCCCCGGAGCUGAGAAACAUGGUCUUCGACCACGUGGAAGAGUCGAUACAGGCCGGCAAAACAAAGGCGUCUGUUUGUGCCUCAGUUUCCAAAGAAUGGCACAGACGCUUCGAGCCCCAAGUCUUCCGGCGACUGACGCUGACGUUGGGCAAUCUCCACGAGCUGGAGACAAUCGUUACCGGGAGGCGGCAGUCGUAUGUUCGACACAUCUGGUUCCGUUUUGAGAAGCAGGGACGACCAAUACGCAAUGAGUUUCGGCCCCAGGUAGAUUGCUCGCUCUUCGAGGCGGCAAUAUAUCAGCUCUUCCUCAUCCUGGGAGACUGGCCCAAGAGAAGCCCGCAUCUACCGGGCAUCGCCCUGGAACUGACGGCUUUCUCCCCCGACGAUGUCGAAUACUCCAUCAAGGGCAUCGUUCCGAAGUCGCUCAAGGGGGUCGAUUUGACGGUCGAGAGCGAGACCUUGCGCGCUCUCUAUGAGCAGCGGCCCAGCCCGAUGCGCAUCUUGACGUUCCACGAGAUGGAAACCGUCAGACUCGUGCGGAAAUCCUACAUGCCGCGGAGAGUUUCCUUCGGGGACAAUCGCCCACUCCCGCGUGUGGACUUGAUCACGGACGUCAUCCUGCGCAGACAGACGCAUGCCAGCUUCUUCCUCCCCUACGUCCAACACAUCGUCGCCGCCCUUCCCAGCCUUGCCUCCCUGGCCUACGAGCCCCACGGCCAUGCGCCUGACUUUUUUCCACACAUGCACCUUAGGAUGCUCGUGGGAAUGGCGAACAGGAUGGCCAUGUGCCCCAGACGCUUGCAGAUCUUUGCACAUGGUCCCGGACUCUACGGCCAAGACUCUCAUGGCAUGCAGACGGGCGAAGUAGAUGGUUCCCUGGGUCGUCUACUGGGAGACAUCACCCAGAACGAUAGACCAGAGGAAAUUGCAAUCUCCUUCGUCGUCGACGCCAGAGACUUUCUCUGGGACUUUAGAGAAGCCCAGAUCAACCGGCCCCUGUCGAAGCUGGGAUGGCCCAACCUCACCUCCCUGGUGCUGACCUCACCCGCCAUGUCGCCGCACAGAAGCGACGAGAUAUCUCCUCUGCUGGAGACAGCCGCCCGCGCCGCACGCCACAUGCCGAAGCUAAGGGUCAUGGAGCUGUACUACGUGGACAAGGGCCACCAGGCCAUCUUCACCUACACCACCCACGGCAAGGGAGCGGACAGCAUCGUUCGCUGGCACAGCACAUGGUGGAGAAUGUCGCCUGCGCUCCACGGCGAAUGGAAGCAGGUUGCGGCGGUUCACGGCGCAAAGGGGCUGAGCUACAAGGUGUUUUUGAUGGCGAAGGAUCGUAUCAACUGGGCUGGCAGCGUGGUCUCGCUGCUUCACACGCGCAGGACAGUCGUUCAUUCGGUUACGUAUGGGAACAUGAUGGAUGGGCUGAAUGACGUUUGA